UUAACUUCUCCCAGAGGACAAAACCUAAAAAACCCUCUACUCUCCUCUCUUUUGCCCUUUAGCUGUUGUUAAGCUAAACAUAAAUUAAACAAAAGGAAAUAACGCUUGAAAUGAGCAACCUUGAAUCUUACCCUCCAGUCUUUCGCCAGCUCAAGGCUUCUACUCCUCCCCAGCUAGCUGAACUCAACAACAACAGCAACUCCAUGGGGGACACUGCCCAAGCUUCAUCAUCAGUUGAUAUUCCUGUAGUGGAUCUUGAAUGUCUUAGCCUGGAAAAGCUUGGAGAGGUUUGUAAAGAAUGGGGUAUUUUCCGUUUGGUCAACCAUGGGAUUCCUCCCAGCCUUUUGAGCAAACUCGAGGAACAUGUGAAGAGGGUGUUGUCUCUAUCCUUCGAGUCCAAGCAAGCCCUACUCACUAACCCUUUGUCUUACUUUUGGGGCACCCCCCUCUUGACCCCAACCGGGGCUGCCCUAAGGGGUGCCUUGAAUAUCAAUUGGCUGGAAGGCAUAAAUGUUCCACUCUGUCACCUCCAACAGUUUGAAUCCGAAGAUCCUAGGCUUCAUGAUUUCAGUCCCAGAUAUUUUCUGCAAAAAAAGAAGAUUACUAGGCAUUAUCUGGAAGAAUAUGGAAGACACCUUUCGAGAAUCGCUACAACCUUGUUCGAAGCAAUGGUGAAGAAUCUGAAUCUGGGUCCUAAACAAUCCGAGUCUAGCUUAGAUGAAUCCACUGGAUUCAUACGUGUUUACCGAUACCCAUCAGGGUCCUUGGCUGAUGAGGCUUGGGGCAUGAUGGAACACACUGAUAGCUCCGUGCUUUCCAUAGUGAACCAAGACCAAGUUGGGGGACUUGAAUUUUUCAAGGACAAUGAAUGGCUACUGGUUAACCCAAUUUCAGGCACCCUUGUUGUCAAUAUUGGUGACAUGCUGCAGGCUAUAAGCGACGACCAAUUCAUGAGUGUGAAACAUAGAGUGAGAACGAACAAGCAGGCGGAGCGGUUCUCCAUAUGCUACUUUGUGUUCCCAGCAAAAGGCAGUGUGAUCCGUAGUUCUAAAUACAAACCUUUUACUUACACCGAUUUCCAACAGCAAGUGCAACAUGACACCAAGACUCUAGGUUAUAAAGUUGGUCUCCAAAGAUUCAAGCUUAAUGCAGCUGUUUAAUAUAUAUAUAUAUAUAUAUAUAUAUAUAUAUAUAUACACCUAUUAUCAAUUAUUUUAUGUAGGGUAACUCUUAAUUUUCUGUUGUACGAAUUCCUCCUUUAUUACGGAAAAUAAUUUAAUUCAAUCCUACCAUUAACUCAUCCUUAA